AUGUCUACUGAAAUUGAUUUCGAUACUGAGGAACCCUUGAUCACCACCGUGAGACCAUUAACCAAUUCUACUAUAACAGUGCGGGUUAUCAAGUCUUUCCCUUAUAGAAACGUUAAGAAUAUUGUAUUCACAGACUACGACAUCAAAAAUAAGACUGCUAAGGACUUGUAUGAGGAUGUCAUAAACCAUAUUAAAACCACUGGUGCAUUCAGACCAUUUCGUAAUGUGAAUUAUGAUGCUUUGAAAGUAUAUACCCACGCACACGGAUCUAAGACUGUGAAUUUAGUAAUUAACUUUGACCAUGACGACGACUGGACUUUAGACAUUAACGAUUCUACUAAGAAACUAGUAGAUUAUGGUAUUUCUAACGAAACUGAACUUUCCUUGUUUAACCACGAUGAUUACAUUGCAUUCAAAGCCAAUCCGGAAGAAAAAUGGCUAUAA